CUUGAAAUAUGAUCUAUCGAUAAAAUAAGUGAUUGAUGAACUAAAUAACAUAUCAAAGGUGGGAAAUUUUAUUCGGUCAGAAGCGGGUGCGGUGCGUGAGGUCAGCAGUUAAGAGAUCUCUUUUAUCAGAGAAGAGUCGUUGAGCGGAUACACGUUUAGUCGCGCCCUCGAGCUUGCUCACACCAUCGUUCGUGACGAUUAUACGUUCUACUGAACAUUUUUCGUUCUCCGGACCUCGGCCGGACCACAUUAUCUAAUUCAACUUCGAUUGGAGAUCAUUAAUCGUUCUUUCCAAUUUGUGUCAUUUCAAUAUUAAAUAGAAAUCAUGAAAUAUUCAAUAUUGUUGAGCUUAUUAAUCACUUGCUUGAUUUGGUCACCAAUUGUUCAUUGUGGGACACGACCGAGUUUUGUCUCUGACGAGAUGAUCGCAACAGCAGCUAGCGUAGUGAAUGCUUGCCAGACACAGACAGGAGUGGCAACAGUGGAUAUAGAGGCAGUAAGGAAUGGUCAAUGGCCUGAAACACGUCAAUUAAAGUGUUACAUGUAUUGUUUAUGGGAACAAUUCGGAUUAGUGGAUGACAAGAGAGAGCUCAGUUUGAACGGCAUGCUCACAUUUUUCCAAAGAAUACCAGCAUACAGGGCUGAAGUUCAGAAAGCGAUCAGCGAGUGCAAGGGGAUCGCUAAGGGCGACAAUUGCGAAUACGCAUACAGAUUUAACAAAUGUUACGCGGAAUUGUCUCCACGGACGUAUUAUCUAUUUUAAUUGAGUUUCAUCUGAGCCAAAAAAAAAAACAAGAUCAAAGGAAAACGAUGCUUAUGAUGACUGUAGGACGAAUCGAAAGGUAGAAUCUUGAUUCGUUUUAUCAUAAAACGGAUACACCGUUUGAAUGUAGACGACGACUCUCUGUACGGGAAAGAAGUUAAUAAAAAAAAAAAAAGAAAAAAAAGGAAAAAAAAAA